AUGGAAGAGACGAAGGUAGUGACAGUGAAAGCAAUGGAAGCAACUCCGUUAUCUUUCAAAGACUACGGCCAGGUCAUCGAGGCUUCGCCAGACGGCCAAGAAUUUGGUCCACACGACGCUCAACUCGACCUUACCCACGGAACUCCCAGGUUCUACAUUAUGCAUCUUGAGAAUCGCCCGCUCAAGUUUUCUAGUAUUACACAUCACUCAAACGUGACUCAGUGCCUGGGGUCUGUUGGUGGGCAUGCUUGGUAUCUUGGAGUGGCGAAGUCGUCCAUUGUUGAUUCAAAUGAACUAAAGGAUGACACAGGCAAGAAGAUUGUGCAGUCCCGUUGCGGUCAUUCAUACGUGCCUCCUGACAUUGAUGAUGUCCAAGUUUUCAAGGUUGCAGGUUCCAAAUUUCUUAAGCUUAACCGGGGAACGUGGCAUGCUGGCCCUCUAUUUAAGGCAGAUGCAAUGGACUUUUACAAUCUAGAGUUGAGCAAUACAAACGUGAUUGAUCAUACCCAACACAACUUUAAGAAGGACAAUGGAGUGGUCUUUUUAGUUGACGAGUAACUUCAGAGUUUUAUCUAGUUUCCAGCAUUUCAACUAUUUCUGUAUAUUGUUUAUCAAUAAAUGACAAAUGUCAUUCAUAUAAUUUCUGGGAAGUUCAGCGUUC